UGACCACGAAUGAAAUUAAAUAUUUUUAGUGACCAAACAUGAACAUUUUUAACAAUUUCAGUGACCAAAGUUGCAAUUUACCCUAUUUUAAAAUAUAAAAAAUUGACUACUAAUUGUAAUUUACCCUCAUGUUUUAACCCAAUAACUUUUAGGUUCUUAAGUUUUGAGGUUUAAGACCUAAACCCACAACGGCCACAUGGGAAUGGACGGGUACGUUGUUGUUCCGGCGGACCCGGCCGUAGAGAUGACGCCGCCGCCUCCUGCAGCGGUAGUGAUCGCUGCCGUGAAGAAGAAGACUCAGCCGGCGACUAGUUGGAUUCUCGUCGAUUCCGCCGGCGAAGGCACCAUCCUCGACGCCGACAAACAUGCCAUCAUGCACCGCGUCCAGAUUCACGCGCGCGAUCUCCGGAUUCUCGAUCCUCUGCUGUCUUACCCUUCCGCAAUUCUCGGCCGAGAGAGGGCCAUCGUUCUCAACUUGGAGCACAUCAAGGCGAUCAUCACUGCUGAGGAGGUCUUGCUGAGAGAUCCAUCGGAUGAAAAUGUUGUUCCUGUUGUCGAGGAGCUUCAGAGGCGAUUGCCGCCUGCAAGAGAAGGCCAAGUGAGUGGAGAAAACCAUGGCACCCAGCAAACUGAUGUUGAUGGGGGUGAAGAAGAUGAAUCUCCUUUUGAAUUCCGUGCUCUGGAGGUCGCUCUGGAAGCCAUUUGUAGCUUUCUAGCUGCAAGGACAACAGAAUUAGAGACUGCUGCUUACCCUGCAUUGGAUGAACUAACUUCAAAGAUUAGCAGUCGCAAUUUGGAUAGAGUUCGUAAAUUGAAGAGUGCAAUGACAAGGUUGACUGCCCGGGUCCAGAAAGUCCGAGAUGAGCUUGAACAAUUACUGGAUGAUGAUGAUGAUAUGGCUGACCUUUACUUGUCGAGGAAGUUAGCUAGCUCUUCACCAACUAGUGGCUCUGGUGUCAAUUGUUUUGCUGCUUCCCCCACCAUAGGUUCAAAAAUCUCUAGGGCUAGCAGAGCAAGCAUGGUGACAGUUCAUAGUGACGAGAAUGAUGUGGAGGAGCUUGAAAUGUUGUUGGAGGCUUACUUUAUGCAAAUUGAUAGCACAUUGAACAAAUUAACCACGUUGCGAGAAUACAUAGAUGACACUGAGGAUUACAUCAACAUUCGGGUGAGCUGUGUGAUGAUUGAAACUCAGUAAUCAUUGAAAUAAUAGCUUUUUGCUUUGAUGCAUUUCUCAUAGUGAAAUCUUAUGCAUCAUCCUUUUUGUCUUGCAGCUUGACAACCAUCGAAACGAGCUUAUUCAGCUGGAGUUGUUUCUCAGCGCCGCAACUGUAUGUUCGUCAAUAUAUUCUUUGGUGGCCGGAAUAUUUGGCAUGAACAUCCCUUUCACAUGGAAUGUGGGCUAUGGAUAUGUAUUCAUUUGGGUGGUAGUAUUAACAGGUAUUUUGUGUCUAAUUGUGUUCCUGGGAAUCAUGUCCUACGCACGGUACAAGGGCCUGAUUGGAUCUUGAAGUUGCCUGCGCUGCAUAUUGGCCCUUGGUGAUGAUAUAUCCUCUGUUUAUGAUCACGGUUGGGAAGGCUAUCUGAGCUUUCGUCCGGCAUGAAGAUGUCAACUCUGAUUCUCUUACCGCCAACUGCUCUACCGGAGUUGGGAUGUCAUUAACAAGUUGGGUCUGAUCAUGUCAAGCCGAGUUGUAAGGGCUUGCUAGACGCCUUCUGGACUUUUUUUGCAGGUGUCAAUCUUGGAGAAAGACGGCAGUCAACGUUCGGAGCUCUGUCGCAUCCACAGAAGCUAAGAAUCACCUGUUGAACUUGGCUCCAAUAACUCUCAAACAAAGCAAAACAACUGUAGAACAGCAGCAGCAGCGGGUGUCAGCACAUUCAGACGACGGCAGCACCAAUAUGGGCGUGAAUUAUUCCAUAGAUAUGUGACAUUAAAUAUGGAGCAGCUAGUAUAAAGACGUUGGGCUAGUAUGACAUUAAACAUUAUACAGUAUGCAGUAUUAUAGACCAUUAUGGCAUUUAGAUAUCAGGACUACUAUAACCAGUGACUGUGCAUGUGUACAGUAGUCGUCAUGCUUGUCAAACCAUUGGUAUGCCGGCCAGCGUAAUCAGGUUCCGCCGAUAUUGAUACAAACCGGCUAAGACCAUUGGUAUAAAGUUGUAGUCAAAAUCGGUUAAAAAAGGUAGAAGUCGGAAAAAAAAGAGUGU